AUGACGGAACUCCCCGUCUGCGUCUUUGUCUCGGGUCACGACACCUUGAGUAGCGUCGCUAAGCGGCUGAAGGAGCAAUUCAUUGAGGACUCGAACUACGAAGCGGCGGGAAUGAGGGAGAUUAUUACAGGCGCUACAGACUGGGACUGGGAAGGGGUAGAAGGGGAGAAGGAAAAGGAUUUUGGGUGGAGGACUGCUUAUCAGCAGGAGAAUGAAACCGGCAGUAGUAGUGAUGAGGAGGAAGGGGAUGGGUUUGGGUUAUUCGAGAAGGGUAGAGUAGGGUUCUAUGAGGAGAUGCCGGCUAGAGAGAGACCAGAGGUAUAUGCCACGCCAGAUAGAAAGAGUGGGAUGUUAGUUUUAGGGUUUGAGGGUAGUAAGGAGUGGGCGAGGGGGAUAGGGAUUGGAAAAGAAGGAGUGAGAAGGUUUUUGGAGGUUUUGGGAUGUGUUUUGGGUGGUGAUUUGGGUCCUCACGUGAGGUAA